AUGGGGCUUUUGGACCGCCUCCGGGCCCGUCCACGGCGCAGUGCGGGGAGCGCGACCGAUCACCAAACGCCGCCCCGCUCGACCAGAAGACAUCCCGACCACGACGUGACGAGACAACUGCCUCGUCCGGUGCUGGCAUACAUCUUCACAUUGAUCUGUCCGCACACGGCCGAUGACUCCUACGAUACCUCCGAGGAGUCCACGACCGAUGGCUGCAUGCUGUGUGACAUGCGCGACUUGGCGCACUGCGCCCAGGUCUGCAAGCGCUGGUAUCUUGAAGCGCGCGCGCUCCUUUAUACCAAUGUCCGCAUCGAUCCCGUCCACUACUGCGAGCUCGAGUUCGAGCUCGCUGCAAAGCGCAAGCGUCCCUCCUUUUUCGACCGACAUGGCGACCCGAUUGACGCCCCGCAAGUGCGCUUGGAGUUCUUCAUGCGAACGGUGCGCGAGUCCCAGGGCUUGGCUAAUAUGGUCCUCUCUUUACGCAUGCCCUACAUGACCCGUGAGGCCAAUAAGGCGAUGAUCGCACGCACCAUCUCCGUGCUGCCCAACUUGCGCUUUGUGGAUCUCCCGUCAGGGCUGUUCAGCGACGAGCCCUCCUGUACCGCGCUCAAGCAGGAGCUGAUGGCGCGAUGUCCCAAUCUGCGUCGCAUGAGUUAUUGCCACGGGGCCGAGGGAAGCUUCGCGCGUCUGCCGGGAUCCCAGCUCUGGCUGAAUCUUGAGAAACUCCACCUGUCCGGACUGCACAUCGAGGCGAGCGUGCUGCGCGACGGUCUCGCCUCAUUCCCUCGCUUGCAUGAUUUGACGCUCGAAGAUCUGCCCUGGCUCGACGACUCGGCCUUUGCCUCGAAUGACUCGUACCCUCCAUGGCCGGCCCUGAAACAAUUGGCUCUGCGAGAAACUCCCAAUGUGACGGCGAGCGGGCUCGCCGCCAUGCUCUCCGUGCCCAUCAUUCGAAAGACGUUACGGUCGCUGACGCUCGCCGCCACCGGUGUGCUCCCUUCCACCCUCCAUCGAAUCCUCCCCGUUGCGCCGCAGCUCAACAGUCUCUCCAUCGUGCAGGAGGUCACGCGCUCCUUCCCCGUCGAGCCGGUGCCGCCUCUCCUCUCCAAAUCCCUCCGACUCCUCCACUACGAGAUCACCUCCGAGGUCGGGGCCAAUGGACUGCCCCCCAUGGCCCGAUCGUACUACGCCUACCUCAUCUCCUCCCUUAUGGCGCACGGACUCCCCGCUCUCCGCGACCUUUACGUUCGCGAUGCGCAAUUCCCCGACACGCUGCUGCUCGCUCCGCCGCCCCGACUGUACGGUGGUGGCGAACAAGGGCCCCAAUUUGCCGGAGCGGGAUUGACGCAGCCCCUGAAUGUGUACAGCAAGGGUCUGGACGAGUUUGAAUGGAACUUUACCCCCUUUGACCCCGCACCGGGUCGGUCAACCGCCAAGACGCGCCCCGUCAGUUUUCACGAGGCGCAACUGAGUCGGUCAUGGGGGGGCGAUGCACGAAAGAGUGUCCUGGUGGGUAACGGCUUUGGCGGGUUCCUGGCUGUACCGGCCGAUGAGGGGCAACGACCACAGACGGGCGUGGCGCACAAGCGCAUGAGUCCAGUAGAUCUGUGGCGAUAG